AUGGCCGACGACGCUGGUACUGCCGGAGAGGCACCCAUUACCUUCAUCGUCAAGACCUCGACAGAUAAGAAAUAUACCAUGACCCUUCCUCUAUCCACUCUGGUUUCAGAUCUGAAGCAGAAACUUGAAACGGCCGAGCCAGACAAGUCCGACAAGUCCGAUGACACCAAGAGCAUCCCAGCCGAUCGUCAACGGCUGAUUUACUCCGGCCGGAUCUUGAAGGAUAACGAGACUCUGGAAUCUUACAAGAUUAAGGAUGGACACACUAUUCACAUGGUUGGUAAUGCCAACAGCAACCAGCGUGCAAAUGCUGGAGCUACAUCUAGUUCGGGGGCCGCCUCUGCUACGGGAACCCCAACUCCUCCUGCCGCUGCCGGUGUUCCUACAAAUUUGGCCGCCGGUACAGGUAACAACCCUCUCGCUGGGUUGACUGGAGCUCGAUGGGACCUCCCCCCCGAUAGUGAAACUAUGCUGAACAUGCUCGAAAACCCUCAAUUUCAGUCUACGCUCAAUGAAGCCCUCCAGAACCCCGCGAUGAUCGACAUGAUGAUCCAACAAAACCCCAUGCUCCGCGAUAUGGGACCUGGGGCGCGCCAGAUUUUCCAAAGUCCCGAGUUCCGCCGUAUGCUGACGGAUCCCCAACAAAUCCGUCAGAUGAUGCAGAUGCAGCGGAUGAUGGGCGGUUUGGGAGGUGGUGGCGGCGCCGACGCCGGCGCCUUCCCCGCUCCCGGCGUGACGAACACAACUGCUGGCGAGAACCAAAACCAACAGCAAAACCCCGCAGCCAACCCGUUUGCACAGAAUCCGGCUGGAAACCCUUUUGCCGCUCUCUUCGGCGGUAACGCCAACCCAUUCGCGAAUCCCCUCGCACAGCCCGCCAAUACCGAUGCUGCGAACACCCAGAAUCAAGGCGACCAGUCCACGGAUCGGGGGACUACGGGCGAAGGACAGACUCCUGAGGCUGCUCAGAACCCAUUCGCCUCUUUGUUCAACCCGGCCAUGUUUGGUGGUGCCGGACUGGGUGGACAGGGUGGUAUGAACCCGUUCAUGAACCGCGAUCCGGCCAUGAUGGCUCAGUUGCUUCAGGGAUUGGGAAAUGGGAAUGCAGAGAACGGCGGUGCCGGCGCGAACGCGUGGGCAAAUAUGCUUGGCCUUGGUGGUCCUGGCGCGUCACAACAGCCCGCUGACAACCGCCCCCCAGAGGAGCGGUAUGCCGAACAACUUCGUCAAUUGAACGACAUGGGAUUCUUUGAUUUUGAUCUCAACAUUGCAGCGUUGCGACGAUCGGGUGGCAGUGUGCAAGGCGCGAUUGAGCACCUCCUGACCAACUUGUCAUGA